GAGAGUAGCGGCGCCGCCGGCGACGGCGACCAUGGCGGCGGCGGAGGCGGGGAUUGGGAAGCUCGGGGCGGUAGGUGAGAAGGUUGCGCUUCACCUGCCCCCUAUCACGAAGGAGGAUCCCCUUCACCAAGAGAAGAAGACAACCGAGACCCACAAAGAUGACCAAGAUGAUGAUGCCACUUGGCGAAGGACAAGGUGGAUGUCGAAGCAGCGGAUGACACACGAGCAGAUGACUGAGGAAGACGUAGGGUGUCAAGAACAUAGAGACAAGAGGAACCUCUACGGCGAUGGCCAGUCCCAAUCACAGCCCCGGUUCGACGAUCCUGAAUAAAACAAGAUGAGUCAUCAAAUCCAACAAAACAAUUGUGAUAUGCUAUUUGACCAACUGAAAGAAGACUCAUGGACAACUGAGGUACAAAAGAGACAUCAGGCACAGAAAAAUUAGAAUUACAAAGAGAACCCUGAUGAGUGAUAGAGCAAGAUGUACCAUUUGCUGUCUGAAUAGAAGCACCAUCAGCAACUGCCUUGCUAGCAACAAGCUGGGACUGGUUGGAGGUCACAUGAAAAGAAGCCCCUGAAUCAAGAACCCAAGAAGACUGAGGAGCAGUGAUAGGUGAAGCAGCAGCAAUAGACACUGAGCCUCUAGGAGUAGGACCAGUACCAUGACCUCUAGCCGCACGAGCAGCACGACGUGCACGAAAAUCAGCCAAUUUCUCUGGAUGCUGAGAGAAACAGUUCUUUGAACUAUGAUUGGUCUUGCCACAAUGCUGACAUGGUUUUGAAGAUGUACCUUUAGGUGGUGCACUGUACCUCUGAGAAGCUGCCAAUACAUUGUGAGGCACUGACAUACGAGCAGACAUAGACUGAAGACGAGUCUCCUCAGCAAGAAGAUCAGACAAAGCAUGAGCCAUGGUCAAAACAGAUGAAUCAUGAAGCAGCCGCUUACGAAUGGAAUCAAAUUCUUCCCUGACUCCCAUGACAAAACGAUAUAUAAAAACUUCUCAAUAAAUUGAUGUGCUGGACAGUUAUCUGCUAUACAGUCACCUAUCAUAGAAGUCAGAGAGCCCACAAGAUGAUCAAAAGCAGAAGAGUAAUGGAAAGCAGGAAUCUUUCCUGUGUAUUUCAAGUUCCGAUUUCAUGUUCUGCUGCUGACACCCUCAAAUUACUGGAUCAGAUGAUUCAAGCUGCUAGGGUAGUCCAUAUGGAUGAGCUAGAGCUUUAUUUUGCUGGAGGUGAUAUUGGUCCAUUUUCUGCAAGGAAUGAACUUGAAUCACUAAAUCUUUUGUUCAAAAUCAUGGACAAAUUGCUUCUAACUUCCAAUGAUGCUGCCAAGGAAGUAUUGCAGACACUACAGAAUGAGAUAGUUGUUAGACUCAGAUCUGUUGGAAAGACGGAUGAUGCCCAGAUGGUUUCUCAAACAGAGAACCAUGAGGCUGAAGAUUCUCUUCUGAAAUGGGGGGAGCAUCGUGGUGUUAAAUCUAAAUUGCGGAUAGCUUUUUUUCAAGGAGCAGGAAGAGGAAUGGUAGCUUCUGAAAGCAUAGGUGUGGGGGAUACUGCUCUUGAAAUUCCAGAGUCCCUUAUCAUAUCCGAAGAACUUCUCUGUCAGUCAGAAGUGUUUCUUGCAUUAAAAGAUUUCAAUAAUAUCAAUUCUGAGACUAUGUUAUUGUUGUGGAGCAUGAGAGAGCGGUAUAAUCUAUCUUCAAAGUUUAAAACAUACUUUGAGACACUCCCGGCAAAUUUUAAUACAGGCUUGAGUUUUGGAAUUGAUGCACUUGCUUCAUUAGAAGGAACCCUUCUUUUUGAUGAGAUAAUGCAAGCUAAGCAGCAUUUGCGUCAGCAGUAUGACGACUUAUUUCCCUUACUAUGCAUAAAUUUUCCUGAGAUAUUCAGAAAGGACGUAUGCACAUGGGACAAUUUUCUGUGGGCAUGUGAACUAUGGUAUUCCAACAGUAUGAUGGUUGUUAUAAGUAGUGGGAAAUUAUCAAUGUGUUUGGUUCCUAUUGCUGGACUUCUGAAUCACUCGGUAUCCCCUCAUAUUCUGCACUAUGGUCGGGUAGAUGAAGCUACAAAAUCUUUGAAGUUCCCCUUGUCUAGACCUUGUGAUGCAGGGGAGCAAUGUUUUCUCAGUUACGGGAAACACCCAGGGUCACAUCUUGUUACAUUCUAUGGUUUCCUACCAAGAGGAGAUAACCCUUAUGAUGUUAUACCUUUAGAUCUUGAUACAUCUGCUGAUGAUGAGGAUGGGGCAGCUCAGUCUGUGAGUACAAGCCAAACCACUCAUAUGGUUCGUGGGACAUGGCUAUCCAGAUGUAGAGGAUUUCCCACGUAUGGCCUGCCUCGGCCCCUGCUGUCCCAUCUCCGUGUUGCUCUAGGUUGUGAUAUUGAUGAAUCCACUACUACGGAGGCUGAUAUCAAAGAAAAUGACAGGGUGGUGCUGGAAACACUGCUGUCCAUAUUUAAUCCGAUGCUUGAAGAGUUGCCCGAGCCAGAUGAGUCUGACGGGGAGAGCGCCAGUUGGGAUCUGAAGCUAGCAUUGGAGUACAAAAAUCUGCAGAGAAGGAUAAUAUCGUCCAUUGUCACUUCAUGCACCUCAGCCUUGGGAAAUGCUUAACUCCUAGUUGGAAGUGCUCCAUUAAUUGAAUUGCAAGAACACAUUGCUGGGAGCCUGGGACUAUGUUAGAAUGUCUCAGCCGGCAUGUGGAUUGUGAAGCUAUUCCAGAUGGGUUUACCUGCAACGUGCUGUGGUUUGGGCUCUCUAGGAUAGGGAUCCAAGGACUGGCAUGACCGCCUCUACUAACUGAAGAAGUGAAGAUGCAUGCUGAGUCAUCAGAUGGUUGAUCCGACAAACGCACACGUGGCUUCAGUGGCUUGAGAUUUAAGUUGCACCCGAUUGCUACUGCAUGCUAGCUUUUUGUUUGGGUGAAAGAUCAAAGAAGGCUAGUUUUGAACUAAUUUUUUGGGAAUCAAACUUGCUUUUUGGUGAAUGGAAGCUGCUUUUGAACUGAUUUCAACCCAAAUGUGGUCCUUGUGCUAAAGUCACUAAACAGAGCCGUAUUACUCUUUCUGGAAACGUGAAGAGUGGAUACAUAUGGAACUGGACUAGAACUCCCUGAUUUGAUUCUUUUCCCUUUUGGAGUCCAUGUAAUCGCUUUAUGAGGCAAUUGACCGCACCCAUGUCACAAAUGUUAGGAGACAUGUUUAAAUCAAGGCGUCAACUAAUAUAGUAUUGUACCUCUCUUUCAGUAUAAACAUGCAGUUGUCCCU